UACCUAUGAGGUCAGAGUCCAGGGUCAGUCCAUAUAUAGUCUUUAGGUAGUGGCUUAGUCCCUGGAAGAGCUGGUUGCUUGGCAUUGUUGUACAUAUGGGGUCUCGGACAUUUUAAGAGGCAUUUUCAGAUCAGAAAUGGCAUUUUCAUUUGAAGAGUAUAUGAUUAUCUAAAUAAUCACAUUUAUUUAUUAUAGGUAUUUUAGAUAGAAAACUGAUAUUAUGUUGAUAUUUCCCUGUUUUGAUAAUCUACAUUUACUACCUUUUACAUUUCUAAAUAAAGUCACUUUUCUGUCCUUAUUUACUUCAUCAGAUCACUUGAAACCUUGUAUGCCCCACCCUAUUUCUUUCUGUUCUUCAUCCAGGUAAUUGUCCCUUUUCAGUUUUACUAUUCCUGCAGUUUUGUUGACAUGCAGGCUAGAGGUUUUCCAUGGAGAUCUCUGGUCUGGCUAAGUGUGAGGGUUCAGGCAGAGGGUAGAGAACUGGGGCAAGGAGGGAGGAAUUCUUUCACCCCUUCUGCUGCUGGUGUUACUCUGCCACUGUUUCCACUGCUACCAUAUUUGAUUGCCCAGACUGUGCAAGCAGGAGACUGACUAGAUUCAAAGGAGCUUCUGGCAGAAAUUUAGGGAGAGCAGUUCUUUUCCCCAAGCAGCAGUAUUACAGCUCUUAUGGUAGAAGCUCUCAGACAAAGGAGUACUUCCUGCACACACUUUACACCUUCUGAAUGGGAUUCUUAAGUAGAGUUUCAGGAUGGGUCAGGGUCCAACAGCAGUUUCCUCUUAUUGGUUUGACUUGAGAGCUUGAAAAUAUCUCAUCUACAUAGUUGGGGGUGUGGCCCUGCUUCUAUGUGAUUAAUCUGUCUUGACCUUAUGUGACCGGUGGUCACAUUCUCAGCUGUGGAGGAGGGGCUUGAGGUGUUGACCUAUGUGACUGAUCUGUCUCAAAACUCCCUGCAGUUGGUUGUGGGGUACUGGAGCUACAUGAGAGGGGCCUGAACUCCUCAGAGACGGGGAAUGCUCCUGCCAUCCCACAGGGUUCCUAGGGAUUUGAUCCGUCUCCACCAGGAAUCAGGGUACAUUUCUCAGCCCACUAUGUCACACAGUUACCCAUAUUUAUGUGUACUGAUAUAAAGGUUACAACCUGGAAGGCUCCAGUAAGACAAAACAUCUGAUAUCUGUCACUUUUUCUAUAGAUUACCACACUCAUUAGGUACUUUUCUAGUUCUGUCAGUCUAUUACAAACUAUUAUACUCUUCUAAUUCUCACAUUGUAUUUUUAUCAGUUUCACCAACUGAGACACGGACUGUUUCCAUUUUCUGGGUAUUGUGAAUACAAAUCUAGUAAACAUCAGCUAGAAUAUAACCAUGCAGGAGGCUGUUGAGUACCUUUGGACAUAUAAUAUAACUGUACCAUAUGAUAUUAAUAUUUAGUUUUUUCAUAUCUCUGGCUACUAAUUUCUAACUAAAUUGAACCACUUCCCUAUUACAAAGAACAGUGAGUGUUCCCUUUUCUCAUAUAUGCCAAAUAAUUUGUUGUCAGAUUUUGUUCAUAUUUCUUUUUUUUUUCUUUUCUUUUUUUCGGAGCUGAGGACCGAACCCAGGGCCUUGUGCUUACUAGGCAAGCGCUCUACCACUGAACUAAAUCCAACCCCCUUGUUCUUAUUUCUUAAUUCUUGUUUGGGCAAUAUAAAUUUCAAACUUUUGUGCAUUUGAAUAUCUUGGUGAAAUUCUUUCCUCAACUAAGGCUGGGAAAAUUUGAAUGAGUACUUGUUUAGAAGCAAAAAGAAGGAAGAACACAAAGCAUGCAUUUCUUAGAAGGAACCCAAAAUGAAUUUUUUUGCUAUAUUAUGCCAUGUUAUUGCAUGAAUAUUUUAAAAAUCCUCCAACAAGGUGAAGCUAACUACUAACUUAUUUUUAAUCCAAGCUUUGACUCUGUGAACUGGAAUGAAUUAUUGAUAACUGGAAAUCUAAUAACUGUGAAAUUUGGAAUUAGGUGUGAUUAACAGUUUGUAACAGUUUGCAUGAACUAAAAAAUAUUAAAUAGAUUUUACUUCUGCGUUCUUAGGGUUUAAAGGGACAAACUAAUAUUACAAUGAAAGCUAACUCUAGGUUAGUUGGAGUCUGGAACUAUGGACUAUGCAUGAAAGUACUAACAGUUUAAAUGGCCAAAGAAAGAUUAUAAUAGUGAAAGGGAAUAUGGCAGUGUUUUGUGUCAUGCCUAAGUAUAGAAAUUACACUCUUUCUGCUGACAACUUCAGAGCACAAAUAAUAACACGAUGGCUAUACCCUGUUGACUGAAUAGCUAUUAGAUUAUGCAUAGAGUAAGAUGUAUGUGAAGAAAUGGGCCACCAUAACCUGAAUUGUUCAUGUCCUUCCUCCAGCUCUUUAUAGAUAGCACAAAAUAUUUUCAUGAGCAGUUAUUGUAGGAUGAAGAACAAUUUGAAUGUCUGAUACACAAGUAGAUAUAUCCACAGAGAUUUUCUAAUAUUCUCUGAGUUCUUUCUCUUGUGUAAGAACAUGAGAAAAUACAUGACUUCCUACAGGCAGACAGAACCUUCCUAUAAACAGAAAAUAAAUGGAAAGUUAUAGGCCUGAUAUAAUUUCCAGGCAUAAAAAAUCUAAUAAAUGUUGCAAUUUUCCAAGCAAUAGGUGUCCCUAAAUAUUUCUCAGAAUGUAUCAGUUCACUUCGUUGUAAAGGUUGCUACUACCAUAAUCAUUAUUCCUUUGAACAUGUGUGCUGUGUGCAACUUAUGUGCUUCUCACUGACUUGUAGACCUGUUGAGUAUAAUAGAGGAAUCAGAAAGUAUCAAAGAAUUGUUUCCGUGUCAUUCUUAUGUCUACUCCAGGGUAUGGCCCGAGCAGAAAAAAAUGAAUAAUAUUUAAACUGAAUAUAAGUCAGGCAGGAAUCUAUGACCUGGCAGUUACCACUGAAUUCACUGCAAAUUUACUGAAAAGCAUAAAUGACCUGGAUCAAUUUUAUAGAAGAACAAGUGGCUAUAUCAAUUUUAAUUCACAAUUUUUACAGUCCAGACAUAAUCCCCAUAUUGGUCCACCCCCUGAUUUUUCCACACCCCACAUCUCCUGAACCCUGUCUCUAAGAAGAUCUCCCAACCCCUCUGAACCCACCCAAGCUCCCAUCUCCCUGGGUUCCCAGGUCUCUAUAGGGUGAGAUGCAUCUUCUCUGACUGAGUAAAUUCCUGGCGGUCAUAUGCUGUAUAUGUUUUGGGGUCAUAAUAUCAGCUGAUGUAUGAUACCUGGUUGUUUGCUCAGUUUUUGAGAAUCCCUUGUAUCCAGGUUAGUUGAAAGUACUUGCCUUCCUAUAGGAUCACCUUCCUCCUCAGCUUCUUCCACUUAUCCCCUAAUUCAAAUACAGGGGUCAUCAGCCUCUGUGCACUGAUUGAGUAUAAAUAUCUGCAUCUGGUUCUUUCAGCUGCUUGUUGGCCCUUUCUUAGGGCAGUCAUAAUUGGCCUCUGUUUGUAAGCUGCUGGCAUUUUAUAAACUAGUUGUUGGGGGAAAGGAAUAUUAUUCAUGGAAGAUUAACAUCAGAGGAAAAUUUCUUUUCUAAAAUAAGCUCCUCUUAAUAUUUCCUUAUCAUUAUUAUAAAUUGAGAUGCAGUGAAAUAUGUGAUAAAUAGCUUAAGGAAAUCUGACAUGUGUAUGCCUUUAGAUAUUUCAAGGGCCUUCAUUUUUAGUUGUAAUGUGCAUAAAUAUAUAAACUAUUAUGAUAAAUUUCGACAUAAAUAUAGAGCCUCAGAAUAUUGCCACAGAAAGGUUACAAGAUUCAACACUAUAGUGCAUUUGACAGGCCAUGAUUAUAAGCAGAAGUCCAUAGCCACAAAUGGAGACUUUAUUAUAUGUACCAUUAGCAAAAGACAGGCUCAAAGCCACAGGCAUUACUCGACAGUUUUCUCUGUUUUUAAUUAUAGCCAGAAACCAAAGAAUAACUACAUAAUAAUCUGGUCUUUCUCGUAUUUCAUCGUUAUUUUUAUGUCUGAUGCAACAGGCAGGGUGAGGGGAGAAGAGACGCAGGAGCUUUGAUGAAAAAAAAAUCUCCCUGGUAACAACAGGCUCUUGCCUGCUUUAUCAUUUUUGAGAUCUCUCUCCUGAUUGGUCACAAACCUAUUCUCUAUUUUCCUACGUAUACCCAGCCAGUCUGAGUCAACCACAGCUAAAGAAAUCUAUUCACGUAAAAAAAAUAUUUCCAGUAAUGCCUCCCGUUGAUAUCUAGCUCAUAACAGUCUCUUGCUAGAGAUUGACAGGAAGCUGCUUCUUGGAAAAGGAGGAGUGUUCUGGAAACCUGCAGAUGAAAAGGAAAAGAAAAAGUCAGCAUGGUCAGCAGCAGCAGCAACAGCAGCAGCAGCAGCAGCAGCAGCAGCAGCAGCAGCAGCAGCAGCAACAGCAGCAGCAGCAGCAGCAGCAGCAGCUACAGCAGCAGCAGGAGCCCCGGCAGCGGCACCGGCAGCGGCAGGGGCAACGGCAGCAGCAGCGGCAGCGGCUCCGCCAGCAGCAGCAGCAGCAGCAGCAGCAGCAGCAGCAGCAGCAGCAGCAGCAGCAGCAGCUACAGCAGCAGCAACAACAACAGCAGUGCCAGCAGCAGCAGCAGCUAUGCCAGCAGCUACAGCAGCAGUGCAUGGAGCAGCAGCAGCAGCAGUGCCUGGAGCAGCAGCAGCAGCAGCAGCAGCAGCAGCAGCAGCAGCGGAGGAGGAGGAAAAGAAACAGAAGGAGCAGAAGGAGCGGGAAGAGCAAGAGGACCAGGAGGACCAGAAGAACAAGGAACACCAGGAGGAGGAGGAGGAGAAAUGAGUGAUUGUGUCUACGGAUACAGGCAGAGUGUGCUGGGGUAGUAAUGUCGCUUCUUUGGAGAAAUGUGUACUGAAAGAUUUACUCAUGUAGAGUCUCACUGUGCUGUCAUCUGAGAAUUCAAGCUCAUUACUGAAACCAUGCUUCCUCUCAGCAUCACGAGAAGAUCACAACAGAUGCAGAUCACCACACUUAGCUAGUGGUAUUGUAAAAUUUCUUCAUUACUGAUUUCAUUUUUGCUUGCUUGUGUAUAAAUUUGAAUUGAAAUUUAAUAUUUUCUCAUUUACUACAGGUUUGCUUAAAUCAACUUUAGAUCGAUCCAUAUUUUUAUUACUUGCCAUAUUUUCUUAAUUACAACAAUAUAUUUAAACACUUAAACAUAUUUUGUAAUAUUAUAUUUUUCAUUAUUUAAAUUAAUAUUUCAAUUCUAGUAUUUGAUUCUAUUUUACCUCUCCCCCCAGGUUCCUCAGAUGCACUCUCACUUUCCUCCUAACUUUAAGCUCUUUGGCAAAAAUGAUAGAGAAAUCCAACAAAAAUUAAUAAUCAGGAAAAUAAAACCAUAUUCAAAACAAUAAAAAACCAACAAAGAACAAUAAACAAAAAUAAAAUAAACACCAAACAGUAAUAAUAUAAAAUCUCACUCAAAAACUUAAAUUAUUAUUUGAAUUAUUUGUUGAUCAACUACUGCUGAACCUGAGGCCUAGCCUAGUGGAUUUAACUAGUUUCACUCCUUCUGGAAAACUAAAUUAUAUAACUCUAGGCGGAUAUAUGUGAGUAUUUAUUUGUUAACCUUUAGUAUAAUGCCUAUUUUCACUUAUUUAUCUAUUUAUUUAUUCAUCCAUUCAUUUGUUCAUUUUUAAAAUAUAAACAGGAAAUAUAAUAAAACAGCAACUAUAUAAUAUUAAUAUACUAAUCAGCACUGGUACUGAGAUCCUACCUGCCUCAGUAUAAUUGUAUUCUAAUGUUAAUUGGUCUUUAAAGCCUGCUUGUCGAAGAGGACCUGCAAGUGGCUGCUAUAAACAUGCCCCAGUUAAUUGUAUAGCAGCUAUUGUGCGGUUUAUGUCAUAUUAAAUAUAAAGGCUGUGUGUUUUUCAUCAGGAGGAUAAACUAUUAAAGCAGGUAGUCACCAAUAAGACAUUGAUUUAAAAAUUAGUACUGCAACUAUAAUAAUAACAUUAGGCAAAAAAAAGUCAACACAAAAACAUGAGCCUAUGAUAAGGAACUCUAAUCAGAGACCCACUUAUUUGUACACUCAUAGAUUCUAUUAAAUCCCUUAAUUGGAAGUCAUAGAGUAUGUGAGAAGGACCUAUUGCAUUACGAAAAACCAUGGAAUGUAGCACUGUAAGUUCUAUGUGGAUACUGACUUGACAUCAUCACCUUUUUAAUGAAAUUUCUAGAUACUAUCAUUAAUAAUGGGGCUUUGUUCUCAGUUUGGAGAGAGAACCCUGUAGUCUUGGCAGCAACUUGGUUUGCUUGGAAAUUUCUGCUCUAUUAAUAACAGUGCUUUUGACCCAUAACUCAAUUAAAUCUAAACCAAUUCCAGUGCUGGAAGCUUUGUUUGGUGCCAAGUUAUGGGUAGUUGAUACCUAUUAUUUGGUGAUACCUCUCUCUCUCUCUUCUCUCUCUCUCUCUCUCUCUCUCUCUCUCUCUCUAUCUAUCUAUCUAUCUAUCUCUGCUGUCUCUGUCUCUCUCUGUCACUCUCUCUGUCUCUCUCUGUCUCUCUCUGACUCUCUCUGUCUCUCUCUCUGUCUCCCUGUCUCUCUCUGUCUCUCUCUCUCUAUCUCUCUGUCUCUCUCUGUCUCUCUCUCUCUCACACACACACACAUACACACACAUGUGUGUAUGUGUGUGUGUAUGUAUAUAAAUACCUGUACAUAUAUACCUUAUUUAGCUGUUCUUCCUGUAUUCCUUCCCACAAUCCACUGUGCUCAUCCUAACUGUUUCUCCUUGUAUUCUCUUCUAUUAGCCUCUUCUCUUUUCCUAUUCCCCAUUUGAUUCCCUCCCCAUUCUCAAUCCAUUAGAUUUGUCUAGUCGCUUACUUAUGUCAGAAUAUGCUUACAAAACUUGUACAUUAUCCAACAUUUAAGAAAAAACCUAGUAUUUACAAUACAUAAUGACUACCCUGAACACAGCAUCUGGGACAAUGUCUGAUGGAAGUGGUUACAAUGUGUAUUAGAUGAUCUUUAAAAUGGCAGAUGUGCUGUGGUGUUUAUUAUCUGUAUAUAUUAGGUUUUCAUUUAUGUAUGGAAUUUCAUUUUUGUAACUAUUAUUUGAAUUAAUUUUUAAAUCAUGAACGUGGCUAGGGAUUUUCAAAUAUUUUUAUUUUCUUUUACUGAAUAUUGAAAUGAUCCUGUAGUCCUUUGUCAUUACUUGUAUUAAUGUAGUAGUAGUUUAUGUGCGCUCUUAAUAUAUGUUAUGGUAUUGCUAGAUAUUUAGGUCACAUUUACAAUAUAACAGUUUUAAAAGUUUUCUAUUUGUUUGAUGGUUUGGACUGUAUUUGUGAGUAUAUAACUCAUUUGUAUUAUUAUUUGAUUAUAUAUUUUAAUUACCGUCUUUCCACUUUUCCAACUACUCACAGAUCUCCUGUCUCCCUACCAAUAAAAUUGCAUCCACCCUUGGUUGUGUACAAAUAAA